AUACGUUUCAGUAGUUGAUAUCGGUUCAGCUCUUUUCAAGCUCUCUUCAUUAAGCCAUGAAAUCAGAGAGUGAAGUAAUAAUAUCCAUCCUCCUACUGGUGUCUGUUGUUUGCGGUGCUGAUCAAAAAGUGGAUCAAACAAAGCUGCUCUCCAACAAUGCUACCGAGAACAAUAAUUGCGAUGCUCUUACUGUUUCAAGCUACUUUGACAGGUAUGAAAAUGCGCUGCAUAAGCUAAGUGACCAAAAGAUACAAUCAUUAAAUGAAAAAUACUCAACUUUUAAAAAUGACUGCGACACAAAGAUCAACAUUUUGACACAGUUGCUUGAAGAGCGCCACAAAUCAUCCUUGUUGCAGAGUGAAAUUUGUAACAAAUCCCUCAGAGAAGCUAAGGAAAAGCUGGGGGCACUUGAAAGAAAUAAAAAACAUGAAGUUUCUGUUGGUGGUCUUAAGAAACUAUCUACCGGUUAUUAUUACAUCAGCAAAGCGAAUGAGAUGACGAACUGGUUUAUGGCAAGCAAGUUUUGCGAAUCAAAGGGAUUAAAGUUGGUUAGCAUUGAAUCAGAGGCUGAAAACACUGCGAUUGUUGGAGCUAUUGGAAACACGAAUGAGAAUUAUUGGCUAUCAGGCACGGAUUUGGGUUCUGAAGGAAAAUUUUACUGGAGUGCAACAGGGAAGGAUAUUAAAGGAUUCACUUUCUACAGUCGCGGACAGCCUGAUAAUAACAAAAGGAAUGAGCACUGCUUACAUUUCUGGAACGAUCCUUUUAUCAAACCUCCUGUAGCUAGAUGGAAUGAUUAUCCUUGCGGACUUGCAUGUCGAUUUAUAUGUGAGCUCAAUUCUCAACCUUAAAAAUAAAUGGGAUUGAGAAAAAUCAUUUUUAUCUUUUGAAAAAGCAUAUCGAAGCAAAUGUUCCAUCUAAGAAAUAAAAUCAAGGCGUAAUCCUCGUUACCAA